GUAGAUCACUAUAUAUUUCUCUUCGUAAUGUCCUGGAAUCCUAGAAUUUUCUGUCAUAUUUAGUCAAUUUCGAAGUAUUACUUUUCAAGAAUGAUUUAAUUUGGAGCUCUGAGGAGAACAUCAGAAGGUUACAGGGUUCAAAUAUUGCAAAUUCUGAGGGUUUAAAAGCAUGUUUCAGAUUCCAAGGCAGUACUAAUGGAUUUCGAACCUCCAUUCCAACAAACCUGGAAGGCAAUACUCUUACAGAAUUCCAGCCAUGAAGCAUUAUUAAAAAGUCAUGAUUAUGACAAGCUUUCUCUUGCUGAGGAAUGUGAGCUGCCUCUGAUAGAUCUUAGCCAUCUAAAUUUGGGUCACCUAGAGAGAGACAAGUGUAUGAAUGAUAUCGCUCAAGCUGCAAACCAAUGGGGUUUCUUCCAAGUUGUGAAUCAUGGAGUUUCACAAAAAGUUAUAAAGAGCAUGCAAUAUGAGCAAAAGAGGCUAUUUCACAUGCCCUUUGCAGAAAAGGUUGAAAAGAAUUUCUUGAAUUUAUCCAGCAACUGUUACCGCUGGGGAAAUCCACAAGCUACUUGUUUGAGGCAGUUCUUAUGGUCAGAAGCAUUUCAUAUAUCACUCAAUGAAAUUCCAACAAUGAAUGAUCUUCACAAGAGUCUCAAGUCAACAAUUGAAGCAUUCGUGAAGAUGGUAUCUGGUUUGGCUAAAAGCUUAGCUGAAAUUCUGGCACAGCCUUUGGGUGUCAAAUCGAUUUACUUUGAAGAGAAUUGCCCACCAAGAAGUAGUUAUCUUCGACUGAAUAGAUACGCUCCACGUCCGUUUCCUUCGCAAGUGUUUGGCCUCGUCUCGCACACUGAUACCGAUUUCCUAACUAUAGUUCACCAGGACCAAGUAGGAGGUCUGGAAAUAUUUAAAGAUGGAAGAUGGAUGGCAGUUAAACCUAAUCCUGAAGCUCUCAUUGUCAACAUUGGGGACUUGUUUGAGGCCUUGAGCAAUGGCAUAUACAAGAGCAUCAAACACCGAGUGGUUACCGGACAAGAAGUUGAGAGGUUUUCUGUGGCAUAUUUCUACUGCCCCUCCUACGAUGUAGUGGUCCGAAGCUGCGGUGAUGAACCAUCAACUUAUAGGCAGUUCACUUUGAGGGAGUAUAAACUCCAAACUCAAAUUGAUGUUCAGGAAACUGGUGAGAAAGUAGGGCUCCCAAGAUUUCUCCUUUGAAAAACAUAUCUCAAAGCUGAUGGUGAUUAAAAUUAUAUAUAUAUAUUAUCUUUCUACUUGAUAUAUGUAAAAGAGGACAAUAAUCAUAAAAUGACAAAGUAUGGUAUGUGAUGUGAACCAUUUUUUUCUUUCUUUUAUCUUUUAUAUAUAAAGCCAACAGCCCCUUUUGGGGACAGCUUCACCAAAUAUAACAUAAAAAGGCCUAUUAAAUAUUAUUUUUUCUAUUUUUAAACAUGUUCAAAACAUUUUAAAAAGCACAUAACGCCGGUGAUAAAAAGGCCUUUCGCGAGCGUACAAUAAUGUGAUUCAAUCAGUUGUUUGUUAAAUAUUAUUUUCUCUAUUUUUAAUGUAAAUUCA